ACGCCACUGCACGCAGCAGCUCAAAGCGACAAUUCAGAUGCGGUAGAACUCUUGUUAGAUAACGAUGCUCUGGUAGAUAUUCCAGACGAGCUGGGUCAUACACCUUUGUACGACGCGACCUUUGCGAAAUCCAUCGAGUCAAUGAAGUUGCUACUUAAUGCCGGUGCUCGAUGUGAUACCGUCGACAGUCAAGGAAAUAGUCUACUACAUAUCGCUGUUUCCCAAGACUUUAGCGAUGGUAUAGAUCUCUUAGUAAAGCAUGGAUGUGACGUUAAUAUCACCAACGCCUCAGGGAUAUCGCCACUC